GAAUGUGGUAAUUCUUCAAAAUGGUCGCUUUGUAUGGUUUGCCAACUUGCAUAUCGAUAUUAAAAAGUUCUUUGUUUUCACUUAUUAUUUGUUAAAUUACAAAUUAAAGGAAACCCACCCGUUCAUCUCGUAAAGUAUACUACAAAAGUGAUUUGUGUUUACUUAAUCGUUUUUUGGAUUAUCUAAACGAUGUCUUCGGUAAUGUGAGAGCACUUUACUAACACUCAUAUUUUAUGUGAUUAUGACGUCUAAGAUUCUUUCUUGGAUCCUUAUGAGUUAAUGAAAACAGAUUGUUUUGAGCCAACCAGUGUUGAAGUAUGUUGUAGUGGACUGUGGACUAGUACUUGAAUGUGAUUGAAAUAACAGUGUGAUACUUUCUUGGAUAUAUUGCCAUUGUACUUCUUAAAUAUAUGUGAAUUAAUAGUUAAUAUGAGAACAGUGAAGGCUAGUGUGGAGAGAGUGAUAAUGUGAUGGGAGGGGUCGGGUGAGAAGUGAGGCGCUCGGGCGCGGGCGCCAUGAACCCGCCGGCGCCCGGCAAGCCGGCCACGCGCACCUCAGGGUAUAAUCAAAAAGCGCUCGCCGAAAUUAGAAACUCUCUGCUUCCGUUUGCUAAUAUUGGAAGUUCAGAGCCACCUGGCUCCUCUGCUGCAAGUACUGUCAGUUCUGGAGUGAGCUCAGGAUUCAGUUCAUCAUCUGGGAAUGGUCUUGAUAAAGACCUUAAUGUUUUGCCACAAUCUCUUAAUCAACUCAUAGCUUUGGGUUAUGAUGAGGACCAUGCAGUUAAAGCACUUAAGUAUGCUGGUGGCCGCCUAGAUGCCGCACUAGAUUACCUAUCGAAAAAACAGGAACCCUUGAAUGGAGUUCUUAAGUCAAGUAAUUUUAGUGCUCUAAGUACAAAGCUAAUAAGGAAACCUAGUUUAGAGCGUGAAAUUAACUUGCAUAGAGGCAGCCCGGCGCUCGAUUCGGGUGCUGGGAGCUCAAGAUCAGAUAGUCCUAGACAAUCCGAUGCACCACCCUUGCCUCAUGAGAAAUUAAGUCGACAAUACUCACCAUCGGGUUUCGAGCCGCCUCCGCCGCCACCACCAAGAUGUCCCUCAACGCCUCCCGUUCCUCCUUCUGUGCAGCAGUACAUGAAGCGCAUAUCACCUGCACCCCCAUUACCUCCUGCAAGAGGAACCAGUCCUGUCGCAUCGGGUGCCCCUGCUCCUCCAGCGCGGCAACCGAUGAUAGUCCAAAAUGGGCCACAGGUCCAGCAGCAGUUAUCGCAACAAAUACAAGCUUUAAGUAUAUACCAAACUACAACGGAACUACCGCCGCCAUAUCCCCUUUCCGGUGUUCCACCGCCUCCUUCUUAUUCUGUAUCCAUGCAAAACCGACAAAGCCCCACGCAAUCUCAAGAUUACAGAAAGAGUCCUUCGUCAGGUAUAUAUUCGGGGGGCACUUCCGCAGGAUCACCGAGUCCCAUAACUGUGACUCAAUCGACAGGCUCUGCCUCAGGUAUGACUCGCCCUACGCCUAUUCAGGCGUGGACAGCGAGACAAGCCGUUCAGCCCCCUAUAAUUAUGCAGUCCGUGAAGAGUACGCAGGUUCAGAAGCCUAUAUUACAAACUGCGAUAGCGCCUGUCGCACCACCUCCCGUGCCGAGUUCUGUUGUUCAACCGCCUCCGCCGUCUUAUGCCAGCUCGAUACAGCAGAAGCAAUCACAAACACCACCUAGCUAUCCUUUGGCUCCCAAGCCUUCUUCACCGGGAACGACGCCACCUGCCAUUCCUACAGCUACCACUCCCACCGUUCCUACUACAGAGCCUCCGAGCUACGCAAUUACGAUGCAGGCUUUGGCUGUGCAGCGAGGUAUGCACCCGAUUCCACCACCUCCAUAUGGUAACCAAAAUGAAACCACUACAACAGUUAGCUCACAUCAUUCGCCGUUACAUAAAAAGUUUUCGAACAAUUGUGAUGCUAAAGGAGAAAACUCUCAACUUGAAUUAAAAUGUUUCAACCAAAACUGUAAUUUAAUGAAAGAAAACACGGCGAGUGUAUCAGAGAAACAUUCAAACGGCUCCUCAAACCGACGAAUGAAAGAUGGCAAUGACAAAAUUAGACAUCAGUCACCGAUCCCCGAACGAAAAAAUAUUAGUAAAGAAAAAGAAGAUGAAAGAAGGGAUUGUAAAGUAAGGAAUUAUUCACCACAAGCGUUUAAAUUCUUUAUGGAGCAACACGUAGAGAAUAUUUUAAAGUCUUAUAAGCAAAGAACGUAUCGUCGCAUGCAGCUGGAAAAGGAAAUGACGAAAAUAGGGUUAAGUUCAGAAGCACAGGAUCAAAUGAGGAAAAUGCUAUCACAGAAAGAGUCUAACUACAUACGGUUAAAAAGAGCAAAAAUGGAUAAAUCAAUGUUUACGAAAAUAAAACCUAUUGGUGUUGGUGCUUUUGGUGAAGUUACUCUAGUGAGGAAAAUAGAUACUAGUCAUCUAUACGCCAUGAAAACACUUAGGAAAGCUGACGUACUAAAGCGAAACCAAGUAGCGCAUGUAAAAGCAGAAAGAGACAUUUUGGCUGAAGCAGACAAUGAAUGGGUAGUGAAGCUUUAUUAUAGUUUUCAAGAUAAGGAUAACUUGUAUUUUGUGAUGGACUACAUACCAGGUGGUGAUUUGAUGUCUCUGUUGAUUAAGCUCGGUAUAUUUGAAGAGAACCUAGCCAGGUUUUAUAUAGCCGAAUUAACUUGCGCAGUGGAGAGUGUCCACAAAAUGGGUUUUAUUCAUCGUGAUAUCAAACCGGAUAACAUUUUAAUAGAUCGCGACGGACACAUCAAAUUGACAGACUUUGGGCUGUGCACGGGAUUCAGGUGGACACAUAACUCGAAAUACUAUCAAAGAAAUGAUCAUGGACGGCAAGAUUCAAUGGACCCUGUAGAUGGCGAAUGGGGUGCAAUGGGGGAAUGUCGAUGUCAUCAACUCAAACCACUUGAGAGGCGGAGGAAAAGAGAACAUCAGCGAUGUCUCGCUCACUCCUUAGUCGGUACACCAAACUACAUUGCACCAGAAGUCUUGCAAAGGACUGGUUAUACACAGCUUUGUGAUUGGUGGUCCGUAGGAGUGAUUUUAUAUGAAAUGUUGGUUGGGUCACCGCCAUUUUUAGCCAAUACACCCGCCGAAACUCAGCAUAAGGUGAUUAAUUGGGAAAGCACCCUACAUAUUCCUGAUGCCGCAAAUUUGUCACGAGAAAGUAAAGACUUGAUAUUACAGCUAUGUUCUGGACAAGAGAUUAGACUGGGAAAGGAUGCAAAUGAAGUCAAGAAUCACCCAUUCCUCCAAGGGAUUGACUUUGACAAAGGUUUGAGGAGGCAGGGAGCUCCAUACAUACCGAGAAUAGAUUACCCUACAGACACAUCAAACUUCGAUCCAAUUGAUCCUGAUAAAUUACGGAAUUCAGGCAGCUCAGAUUCAAACAAAUCAGACAGUGAAUUACUUGACAAUGGUAAAACCUUCCAUGGUUUCUUUGAGUUUACCUUCAGAAGAUUCUUUGAUGAUGGUUAUACAAAUAAAAUCAAUUUAGAUGAUAAUGAAAGCCAGGGCCCUGUAUAUGUCUGAUAAAGUGAUAAAAGACACUGAGAUUUAACAUUAAGGGGUUUUAAAGUGUGUGCCUUUGACUCUCUCUAUUAAAGAUAUAGUUUUUGUAAACAUAACGAAUAUUUAAAGAGAAUUAAUUUUAUAUGUGUAUUGUUAAUAAUCCCGGUGAUAAUGUUGUAAUAUUGUAUCGUUAUGUAUUUGUAAGAGUAACCUUAUUUUAUUUGUAAUAUAUGUAAGGAAUGGAUCACAGUAGUACAUAGAUUUAACUAUGGUGCUCUUGCGUUCAUCAUUGUCGGUGUCAAUGUGACGCAAUGGAACAUUCUAACAUUGUUCCAUUUUGUAUACUAUUUUUGUAACUAGAGAAAUUAUUUAUGAGAUAAGAACAAGCUUAUUGUGUAUCCAUUAAAGAUUCACUAUAUUUUCUUAUGUAUUUAUCGUUGUAUGUCGCUUAAGUGUGUUUGUUUAUGUAACUUAUGAAGUCAUUAACAUAGCAAUCUGUCAGCGUUCGGCAUACAUGUGUGUUGUGCUUCCAUUAUCUCCGGAAAUAGCUCACUGCGUGCCUUAUACUGUGUAAAUGUUUAUGUACUGUAAUAAAUUAGAAUUAUCAAAUUAGGAAUUAACUUAGAUCAGUUUUUAACAGGACAUUAGGGAGUGCAAUAAAUAUUUAUUAACCUACACUAUUGUUCAUUUUGUUACAAGAUAUCUAAAUUUGAAAUGAACUUGCAUUAAGAAGCUACAAUGAUCCCCUUAUCUAGUUUAUUGUAAUUUAAAUAAUCAAAACAUUAUCGUUUGACUAAUAAAUUAAUUGAGUUGCCAAAUUUAUAAUCCGGCAAAGGCACUGUGUGUGCACUGUCAGUAUCAUCAGCUAAAGGAUUGAAUUUACAUAAUUGUUCACUUGUACAGUAAUAAGAUAAUGAGUCAUUUCAACUUUAAAUUAUGUGUUUGUGUAAAUUGUUUUAUUUUUGAAUAAAACAGGCUUAUAAGUAAAUGAAAAAAAUAAAAUAUGGGAAUUC